UCUCACUCGCACUUGUUUCACACAAAAUUUACACGGAGAUAGCGAAUAAACAACAACGUGAGCGUAUUUUACCAUUAUUGCCAAGCUGGCGUAUUAAUAUCGCAUAUCCACGUCAACGGCCAAAACUUGCGAGCCGAGAGAGGUGCAGUUAAGGGAAUCGCUGGUGCGUGGCGAAAGAUGUCAUUGAUAAGUGAAACCACGCAACCAAAUGCGAAUGCGAAAACUAAUGUUGUUGCGCUCUAAGCUUUGCAUUAACAAGCCGCUCCAAGCGCUGCUGGUUGCUGGCGACGACGACGACAGCGACAGCAAUUAGCAAACAAAGCUUCCACACACCCACCGAUUAAAACAGCUCGCAAUAGAUGAGCGCACCUAGCGCUUCGACAAACACAGAAAAAACAGUUUCCAAGCAGAUGUUAGAUUAAGUGCACAGCCAGUGAGAGAGAGAGAGAGAGAGAGAGAGUGAGAGAACGCCCCCCUUAGCCUGCCCACCUUCUAGCAAGAUGCGUUCGCGCAAAGUGCAGUUUUUAGUGAUAAGUUUGCUCAUAGCGUGGAGCUUCAUCACCUACUAUAUACUUAUGCGCACCAAUGCUUCUCAGUUGGACACGGAGCACCAGCAGAAGCAACUUACUCUGCAACAGUUGUUACCACAAACGCUCAAGGAACAAACCAAGUCGCAGCGACUUGCACGCACGCUCAUCGAGUUCCUUCAUAUGAAAUACAACGUGGUGGGCACAACGCCUAGCAUAAGUAUUGUAGCUGCCGAGUUGUCCAACGAGUUGCCGGAGCAGCAGCAGCCGGCGCAAAUACCCAGCCAAACAUAUCUGGCAAAUGGUGAGCCUGUUAUACCCAUCUUGGUCUUUGCCUGCAAUAGAGUUUCGGUCGUUAAGUGCCUGGAUAAUUUAGUGCAGUAUCGCCCCAGCGUUGAGCAGUUUCCCAUUAUAGUCUCACAGGAUUGCGGCGAUGAGGCCACCAAGCAUGCUAUACUCUCAUAUGGCAAGCAAGUGUCGCUCAUUGAGCAGCCAGACCAAAGCGACAUUGUGGUGCUGCCCAAGGAGAAAAAAUUCAAGGGCUAUUACAAAAUUUCACGUCAUUACGGCUGGGCGUUAAACACAACCUUCCAAAAGGGCUUCGAGUUUGUGGUUAUUGUAGAGGAUGAUCUGAAUGUGGCGCCCGAUUUCUUUGAAUAUUUUCUGGGCACACACAAGCUACUGCAGCAGGAUCAUAGUUUGUGGUGUGUCUCUGCUUGGAAUGACAAUGGAAAGGCGAGUGUUGUGGACACAGGCAAGCCAGAGCUACUCUAUCGCACCGACUUCUUCCCUGGUCUUGGAUGGAUGCUGACCAGUCGUCUCUGGAGCGAGCUCUCCGUCAAGUGGCCCAAAUCCUUUUGGGACGAUUGGAUACGUCAUCCGGAGCAGCGCAAGGAUCGCGUUUGCAUACGCCCGGAAAUCUCACGCACGCGCACCUUUGGCAAAAUCGGCGUGUCAAACGGCCUGUUCUUUGACAAGUACUUGAAGCACAUAAAACUCAGCGAGGACUUUGUGCCCUUCAGCAAGCUCAAUUUAAGUUAUCUUUUAAAGGAAAAUUAUGACAACACGUUCCUCAAACAAAUUUAUGUCCUACCGCUGGUUACGUUCGACGAGCUACGUCGUAAUCUGAUUGCCAUCGAGGGUCCAGUACGUAUUCAAUAUAAUACGCGUGAUCAAUACAAACGCAUUUCGCAUUUACUGGGACUAAUGAAUGACUUCAAGAGUGGUGUGCCGAGGACCGCUUACCAUGGCAUUGUCUCGUUUUAUUACAACAAACGACGCGUGCAUCUGGCACCAAAUGCAAACUGGAAAGGCUAUGAUCUCUCUUGGAGCUAACAGCCGCAUGGAGAUUUUGUUUUGAAUGCCAGAUUAAGCUUGAGGCAGCGCCAUGCGCAACGCAACGAAUCAAAAGAUGUUGGUUGAAAACUGUUUGCAAUACCAAAAACUAGCUUUAGUACUAUUUCCUCAAUUCUUUGUUUAUUUUUUUGUAUUUCUGCAAGAGUCUAUGUUUGUGUUAUAGUCAGAGAUGCCAGCGUAUGCUAGGGCAUGCACUUUGUAACUAAAGCAAUACGAAUAAUGUUGAAAGUAUUAGAAAAAUGUGUAAAUAGUUCAAAUUUAGCUUAGACACCGACCACAGCAGUUAAGGCGAGCUUAGACGCGAACCCUAUCUGCCAGCUCCAAUGCGUUUCAAGCGCAUACUCUCACACAUACACACACACAAUCUCUCUCAUUUGUGAUUUUGAUUUAUGUUUAAAUUAAAUGUAAUUCGUAACUCCAAGUAAAUUGAGCCAAUAAUUGAACCCACAAUGUAACAUAGCAUAGCAUUAAUAUAAACCUAAACAUUAGUUAAUUACUAACUAAGCAUUUCUGUCGGCCAGUGUAGUUCACAUGUGUGCCACUGUCAAUACAUCUAAAGCUAUUUAAAAAGAGCAACAUACAUAGGCUAUAAAUUACUCAUACAUGACUAAUUUAUAUGU